AUGGCAACCUCCAAGGGCCUAGGCCCGCUCGGCCUGCUCUGUACCGCCGCUGUGGCGACAUUCCCGUCCAUAUUUCUUGCAACCUCACUCUACCCGGCCUCCGUCAGCGCGGCAACAGAUGAUUCUUUGCUCAUCAACUGCUACCGCUGGGACGGGGCCAUAACGGCGAACAAUACCAAGUGUCCCAACUCCAAUGCCUGCUGCGGACCGACCGCCACAUGUCUCUCGAACCGCCUCUGCAAGAACGUCGGGGACGGGCCGAACCUCUGGGUGCGAGGGCCUUGUGCGAUAGAGGGCUGGGACGAUGAUUGUGCCCAGAUCUGCAAGUACAACGAAACGACCGGUAUAUUCCCCCGCGUCACGCCGUGCAAUGAUGGCAGCCUCUGCUGCAACGACGAUCCGCAAUGCUGCCAAAACGGGAACGGGAUAUUUCUCGACGAGAGCGGGAACAGGGCUUCUGCGAAAGCGACGGCUGCCACCACCAGCUACCCUCCUGUCAGCGACGGCCUCGAGCGCUUCACCUUGACCCCAUCGACUAGCACGACGAGCACAUCCAGCACAUCCGCCACCACCGCUUCCGCCGACGAGUCCUCAACCACAACAAACGACGAGCCAGGCGCAGCAACCACAUCGUCUUCGACCACCCCCCCGCCCGACACGUCGAACAACUCGGACGACUCGAUAGGACUCAAAGUCGGGCUGGGCCUCGGCAUCCCACUGGCCGUCAUACUGACCGCCAUCGCCGUCUACUUUUUCCUGCGUCGGCGCAACCGCCACGCCAACGGAACCAUGCCCGACUCGCAGCAACCGUACGACCCGUAUGGAGGAGACAUGGCCCAACCGGGUGGCGGCUAUCCGUACUCGGCGGGGACGAACUACGCCGCCACGGCGAACCCGCCCGGGUACCCGGACCAGCAUCCGGGGGUGUAUGCAGGACAGCAAAAGUACCAACCCGUCGAGAUAAUGGGCCACAGCGCGACGGAACUGGAUGGGAGCCAGUAUGGACCGCGGGAACGGCAUGAGUUGAGUUGA